CAGUCUUUCCGCGCCGGCUUCUUCCUGUGCCGGCUUCUGUGACAGCCGGGUGCCCACUGCGCAUGCGCAGGAAGCGCUGCACUUUGUCCGCAGUCUCUGGUCAUCCCCUGUACUGUCUGCAGUCUCUGGUCAUCCCCUGUACUGUCUGCAGUCUCUUGGUCAUCUGUACUAUGUCUGCAGUCCCUGGCAUUUUCCCUGUACUAUGUUCACAGUCUCUGGUCAUCCCUUGUACUAUGUCCACAGUCUCCGGUCAUUCCCUGUACUAUGUCCGCAGACUCUGCUCAUCUCCUGUACUAUGUCUGCAGUCUCUGGUCAUUCCCUGUACUAUGUCUGCAGACUCUGGUCAUCUCCUGUACUGUGUCUGCAGUCUCUGGUCAUUUGUACUAUGUCCGCAGUCUCUGGUCAUCUCCUGUACUAUGUCUGCAGUCUGUUGUCAUCUCCUGUACUAUGUCCGCAGUCCCUGGUCAUUCCCUGUACUAUGUCCGCAGUCUCUGGUCAUCUCCUGUACUGUGUCUGCAGUCUCUGGUCAUCUCCUGUACUGUGUCUGCAGUCCAUUGGUUCAGAAUAUUUUUUUUCUUGUUUUUCACCUCUAA